UAUACCAUCAAAAGAUUCAAUGAAAGAAUAGCAUUUACUAGGGUUUACCCCUUUCCAACGGCCACUGAUAGUCCCACCCACCUUGAGCCCCUAACUCCAACCCCAAAUUCCCACUCUUCGUUAUUUCUUUCUUCUUCUUCUCCAAAAAACUGAAAUAACUAAUCUGUCUCCACACCAGGAAAAAAAAAAUUAGAAAGAUUUAUAACAGAGAAGGCUGACUAAAAGGGUAUUCUUUUAUUUACUUAUAUUUUUCUUUGUUUAACCAUGUCAAACAAGUCCCCAAUAUUUCCUAUGCCUCAACACUUCAGUGACUAUGGUUUCGACCCUCAAAUCGACUACUUUCAGGUAUUAGAAGAAGCAAGGAAGCACAAGCGAGACACAUCAAGAUCCAUUGACUCCAUACACUUCAAGCUUCAGAAGCCAAUCUCCAAGGACGAUUCCAAGAAAACCCAGAAGGGAAAGAAGAAGAAAUGGUGGAGAAGUGCUCUCUUUUUCUUCAAAUGGAAAUGGGUUGCUUACAACCCCCAUGGCCAUGGCCGUUCUGAUCAUCAUUAUCAUCACCAUCAUCAAGGUUUUGACGAUGAGGAUGUUCACCAGGCCCGAGCUCGGGCCUUCAGGGCCUCCAUUUCAGGCCCAGUUUACAUCACCGAGAGCAGAAGUGGCUCCACCACUCCUUACCGGACCACCAGCCGGCCCACAUCAGGACCAAUCGCCGGAACCUUGACCUCUCCGAAUAAGGAUGAGCUUGAUAUUCCUUAUCUCAGUCUCAGGCACCUUAAUAUGGAGCAACAUCAGAGAGUCUCUACCUCAGCUUUGCCUAUUUACUUAGUCACUUAAACUUCUUUUCUUUUUUCGGCCAUAUUAGAUUGAUUUUCAGAGCCCGUAUUAUGUAAAGCUCUAAUCUUUUCUAAGUUUCUGUUAAUUGGUUUGGCUUUUUUUUUCUACUACUAAAACAACCUUUGUUGGGUUUUGCCCUUUUUUUUUGGUGCUUUUGUAAACAGCAAAAGAUCCAUUGGAGUGGAUGAAAAAGCUGGAUCCUCCUCUUUUGUGCAUGUUGUUCUCUUUUUUCGGUUUGUGCAACUAAUGAACUAUUGUUUGACCAA